AUGAGUUUAUCAACCUACUGGGUGAGUGCCCGCUAUCACGGAGCCAGCUCGGAGUGGAAGUGGUAUCCGUUGAAUGGGACAUUUGACGCCGGUGUAGGGGAUAGUGAGGACGGGGAUUGUAUGAUCUACUCCAAGGGUAUGACCGUCAGUAAACCACAACAGGAACCCUGUAACUCCACCUACGGCUUCAUUUGUGAGGGUUACGAUGCUUGGGGCUCCCAGUGCCGGUGCCCACCCCAGUACUACGGGCCCUUCUGUGAGAAAACUGACGGGUCUGGAACAUACAGCAAAGCGAACAAAUUCUGCGAGGGAGAAAACAUUCAGGUGUCAUGCGCAGUCGAACAGAAGCGGAUUCGCAUAGAGUACGCCGCCUACGGUGUAUUUCAUGACAACAUGACGUGCAAUGAUGGUGUAAACUUUCUAGGAGCUGGUCAGACUUGUUUAGCACGUACAUCCUUGGAGAAAACAGCCGCUGCGUGCAAUGGGAACUCAUUCUGCGAUCUUCAAAUAACUAACAGGUUCUUCCAGAAUAACCCCUGUAUCCCCCAGAAGCAUCUGGACUUACGAUACCAAUGUGUGAUAGAUGACCCAGCCGUCUACAAUGCACUCUACACGACAGCUCGAUCAGAAGCUCCUAUUAUGUACUGUAAUGAGAGGGUCUAUGUGAAUACAACAUAUGAGGUUACUCCAGAAAAUACCACUAUCGACAAACCCUGCCCUCAAGGAUUUACAGGGAAAGUGACCUUCUCGUGUUUAGAAGGAGGCAUGUGGCAAAACGACGGUCCCGAUAAGUCCGGAUGCACCGAAAUUAGUGAAGCUCAAAAACUGGAUGAACAAAUUUUGGAGGGAACUAAAGAAGCGGUGGAUAUCGCGGCAUCCAUCGAAUAUCUACUCAAAGAUGGCAGCACGAAGACGGAGUUAGAAGACAACGAGGUCGUUAAUCUCCUGUCCGAUUUGAAUCAACUCCAGAAAAAGCAGCUGGGUGACUCAGAGAAGACUGAUCAAGAACGUAUCGAUACUGCUACUUCAUUUGCAGAGCGCACACUGAGUAUAGGCAGCGUGCUUCUUAGUUCAGACGGAGAAGAUCAACAGAAAAGCGUAUCAGUCAACAUCACCACAGUGAUGGACGACGUCGCCUUUAUCGUAGCUGAAGAACUCGAAGAGAACACUGCCAGAACAGUCUCCACCGACACUAUCGACAUGACGUGUGGAAGUGUACCGGCCGGCCGUCAGCAGUCUCUUUCAUACCCUGGCGACAAGAUGUUUACAAAUACGACCAUGAAGAAUACACGAGCUGUAGCCACCAUGCCACCCUCGGCAUUCGACGAUGGAUCCAAUACAAAGAGUACACUCGCUCUAUUGGAAUACAAGAAGAUCGAUAACAUCGGAAACAGAAUCUUUCAACCACAGUAUGCAUCAGAUCUAGACGAAUUGAUCAACAAAUCGGUAGUUAACACCAUCGUCUUCGGGGCUUCAGCAUCCAGGGGAAAUACAUCAGUCAAGACAUUUGCAAGAGGAGAGAAAUUCGAGUUCAUCCUAAAGCACGAAAACACAAACCUCACAGGUUCAGUGAGCUGCGCAUUUUGGGACUCGACCAACAAGACGGAGACGCCUUCGGGCUCCUGGUCAUCGAAUGGCUGCGUGGUCGUCAAGAGUAAUCGAACUCAUACCACAUGCGCCUGCGACCAUCUUACUAACUUCGCCAUCCUCCUCGACGUCACCGGCGUCUACCAAGAGCCAAUGAACAAGAUAUACAUCAAUGUUGGUCAUCGGAUUUAA